AUGUUCAAGAACCGUGAGAUGAGAAUCUUGAUGUUGGGACUCGACAACGCGGGUAAAACAACCAUCUUGUACAAGUUAAAGUUGGGCAAGACUUCCAAAACUGUUCCCACCGUCGGUUUCAACGUGGAGACUGUCAAGCACAAAAACGUGUCUUUUGCCGUUUGGGACUGUGGUGGACAGGAGAGAAUCCGUCCAUUGUGGAGACAUUACUUCACGGGAACAAACGCGUUGAUAUACGUGGUAGACACCAGUGACUGGGACAGAUUGGAAGAGUCUAAAAAGGAGUUAAUGCGUGUGAUCAACGACAAGGAGUUGGCGAACUGUUUGUUGAUUGUCGUGGCCAACAAGCAGGAUGUGCCUGGUGCAAUUAAGCCAAAAGAGCUUAUCGAGCGCUUUGACAUGAAUGCCUUGAGCGGACAGCACACAUGGUCUGUGAUUCCAACCAUUGCCAUCGAUGGUACUGGCCUUGCCGAGACUUUGAACUGGAUCUCCUCCCACUCCAAGUAA